AUGGAGGCUUAUUUCGCAAGCCCCCAGCAUGAAUGGUGGCCACGGCCAUCUGACGGUCGCUUGGUCCCGCUGGUGCUGCAGACCAACGAUGAGCCGCAUCUGUUACCCGAGACACCACGAUGGACCCGGAUAGGCAAGAUCCUGCCGCGGGUAUCGCCGAUUCUCCUAAUCUCAUACUGGGCUGGAUCUUCCUUGUUCGUGCCCGGCACGCGGAAGUACCGCAUCAACAUCAGAUCCCUGGCCUUUACCGCCAUCAAGCUGCUCAUCGCAUGGCCCCUACUUUGUAUAUUGAUGUUCUGGAUAGGGUAUCAUGGGUUUCCGUACUUCGAUCUUAUCAACGCCCAGCAAUUUGGGACAAUGGACUCUAUUUCGCGAUACGACACGGUCCGUGUCCUUCAAAGCGAGGAUGCGGACUCAAAGCACGAUCUUUCCGAUCAGGCUGGCUCAACACAGGGAAUCCGUUCAACUUCAGCACCUUCUGAAGCAGGCAGCGAAAUUGGAUCCUCGCAGCAAUAUCAGGACAAUAUUCGACUGACUGAGGCGUCCACGUCGUCCGCUGUGCUCGGCAUGACAUCAGAUGCAGCAAGAGCCGACGAACACGACAUUCCCGCUUCAGUUCGCCCGAGAUAUCUCUGCUUCAUCAAAGAUUAUGAGACGGGUACCUACGAGACUGUAAAGGUGACAGACUAUCUCAAGCAAAAUGGAGACGAUGUCGACCUCGAGUUUGUCUUUGUCUCGUACACGCGCAUGCAGUUUCGAGUUGCAACCGAGGAGGAGAUUGUCAAGUUCCCAUAUCCCGAUGAAGCCACCCGAAAAGCAAACAGGGAGCUGGCGCGGACAGACCGAGAGAUGCUUGCACGAUGGGGUAUGGACGCGGCUAAUAAGGUUGGAAAGAGAGCUUUCUGGCUCGACUUCGAAUGCGUUCGCAACGACGACGGCAUCGCCAGGUCCACCAGCAGCAGUGAGGACGUCUACCGCAUCUGCGACAUUGUCCGAGCCGCGCAUUCAAUGAUUAUAGCCAUUGGGCCCACGACGAAUGACAAAGUGGCAUCCAUUCUUGCUGGAGAAGAAUCUCCCCCGUACAGCCGCGAGUACGUGACACCAUGGCUACGGCAGUGGGGCUCGCGUCUGUGGACUCUGCCAGAGCUUCUCCUAUGCCCCGGGGAAUACAGGAUCCGCCUCUAUGUGGUCGGAGAUCCCUCUGAGCCCAAGGCCAUGGCGAAGCGAAACUUCGCCGAGCGAGCCUGGGAUGAUGCCGAAGCAGUCAAAGAGCUCGUUAACCAUUUUGAGGGAUCAGCCAUUCUCACCUCGCAGCAUCUGAUCGAAGCAGCACUAAACUGCUUCUCCAGGCGGCAAACGGACCAGUUUAGCCAGGGAGACAUCGCCUAUGCGAUCAUGGGUCUGUUCCCGAACCGCCACCGGCCACGAGUGAACAAAAACGACACCGGUUUUCAAGCCUUCGCAAGGCUCUCCCUAGCCAACGACAGCGGAGCAUUCCUGGAGCGCUUGAUCUGCCUUGCGCCGAAGCCGGGUGCCCCGUGGCAUCAGACGGAGGACCGCUGGGGCGUCAAGCUCAGCGACAUUCAUCCGAACAGCAAGGUCUACGGGGUGCUGGCCUCGGACACGAUCCUACUGGAUGGGGUGUUCGGAGCUACCAUCGAGUGGGAGGAACUCCGGCCAGAGCCCGUGAUUGAUCGGAAGUCGGGAAAUUUCCUGAAAUUCUACAUAUCGAUGGCGUUUGCGCUUUGUGUGAUAAUACCGGCCUGGUGCACUUUCUUCUACACCGUCAGUAGCCUCACUGGAUCUCCCUUCACGGCCACCGUCUCUGCACCAAGCUCGGUGGUAUCAAUCAUUCUCGGUUGUGGCCUUUCCUUGAUGGCAAUACUGGCUGGUCUGGCACCUGUAGUGCUGAUCUCAACCCGUGUAAGCCCUAAACAGCCAUACAAGGCUCGCUUGAUCGGAAUUGAGGGUAGGGUAGACGGCGGGACGAUUGAGAAGCAUCUCUGGGGUUUCAACCACGGCAACCUCGUUGACACGACCCCUUCAUCAUACAGUGACGCGGAUGAACCGCACAGAUCAUCUUCGCCGCCGCUAUCUACCGGAGCGAACGAGUCUUCUUUCACACUUGUCGACACCUACUUGAUGACAGUGACGCAUUUUCGUUGCAGCCUGCCGCCAACCACCAUGCUGAUAUUUGGUCAAGAGGCAGGCAUGCAGCGGACUAUUCUCUGUUCGUACAACUGGAGGACACAAACUUUCCAUCGCCAGACGGUUCUCAGAGUCAACCGUCAAGGGCUCGACCAGAUGCACAGGGUCGACAGGAUUCGAUUCUCGCUUGCACCGCACCCGAAAUUUGAUAGCAGUCUGAACAACGGCGUGCCAUUGGGGCUAGAGCGACGACAACCUCCAAUGACAACGCCUACCGGAAUGGAAGUUUCUAAGCGUGGCUGGCGCACUUGGAAGGCAGAGUUCUUGUUCUUUGCGAUAAGCCUCUUCACCGUCAACUUUUGGAACCUUUAUACCCCUCUACCACUAGAUUCUAAUCUUGGACCUCUGCUCGGUGGCCUUUCGUGGGUCGUCUCUCAAGUACUGGGUGUUGGACUGCUAUCGCGUCUGCCACUCAGUCAGGUCUUUGGGCCUGUCCUUGUUGCAAACGUGUUCUUACCAAUACUUCAAAUUGCAGUCCGAGCCGAGCUUAUAUACUAUGUGCUCCACCGAAUUGUCACUGGCGUCUUCACUUUGACGUUGAUCGCUUAUACACUGUACUGGUAUCGGAUCGAGGAGGCGGCCCUUCGAUUUUUAUUCUGGAACCUCAUUACACCAAAGUUCUUUCAACUGCUUGCCACGUACGGGACGCUAUCUUUUGUACUGGCUGGCUACGCCGUUAACUUAAUACUGUUCUAUUACAUUCAAAUUUCCGGGAUAUCGAACCACGUGAUUGGCUCGCCCAUGGAAGUGCAGUGGCUCUCUGCAGAACAGAAAGUCAUGUACUCCAGAAUGGCAGCCGCUCACAGACUCCUGGCCAACACUGGCGGGGCGCUAUGGCGUCAACAACGUUGGCCUCUGGUCAGAUAUGCGCAGCCCUCAGUGGUUUUCAUUGUGUCUUUGUUACACACCAUCUCAACAGGGCUUGUGGUCACGACUUCUACUCGUCCUGAUUCAUGGACAGUUCGCGUUACAUUCGUCCUGCUCCUGCUUGCAAUCUUAGUCGGACUUGUUUCCUGCAGGUUUCCCUCGGCUCCCUUUUUUAUAAUGGUAACCUUUGCAAUAGCCGCAAGUCUCCUACAAAUGUUUGGUCUGUUAGAUGAACAUGCGGGUCUUAUCUUCCGCGUAUUGCUGCAGUCGAAUGCCAUGGUGCCACCACGUCACCUUCUGGGCUUUGCUGUGGGCGUGCGGAAGGUUGAGUACGAGGAGAGUCAGGCUGUCGAGAAAUGGGCAACCAGCGAAUCCUGCUGA